AUGCCCACGAGUGUGACGCCGUUUGCUUCCGGACCGCCUGAGCCAAGUCGAGUUAGCAUCACGCGCGUUCCGCUCGUCGUUUUUCGUACCGGGAUCUCCAAACUGAAACGGGCUUGGCUUGCGACUCAAGUGAGUCACCGCGGCAAAUAUUCCAUCGAGCGCUUGAUCGCACUGGAGGAGUACACGCGAUCAACGUCUUUGCUUCGAGUGGUGCUCGUUUGUCUGGGGACGCCACUGCCGCUCAUUAUUCUGGUCAUCCUGCAGGAAUCAUUGCCACUUGAGAGACCGGAAGAUGGCUGGCGAGCGAAUUGGGGCUUUUGGAUUCGGGCCGCCAUCUUGGGCGGAAUAACUUCCCACGGAAUCACUGUUCAGCUCAACUAUCUUCUGCAAGGCAUCAACGUAUCGCUGCGCCAGUUCGCCUUCCAGUUUGUGUUCAUGGCAAUAACUUAUACCGCUGCCUCUGUCAUGGUUGCCUCACUCUGGGUGUUUCCAAUCCCGUACAUGAUAAUCGUAAUGACGCUCCCAUUCCUCCUGCUGAUGGUCGGCUCAAUGCGCGCCAUUCUUGGACCAUCGACCUUCCGCAGCGUGCUUGCAGAUCGAGACCAGCUACAGCGUUUCCACAGAGCAGUCUCCAUUCAGGUGCUGAUGGUUGUGAUGUAUCCAGCGUAUCAAGUGCUCUUCAAGUCGGUCUCAGGUUCUGCGUAUGAGCUACCCGUAUUUCUGCUGCUCCCUGUCGUCAAGAUGGUGCUCAAGAAUCUCGUAUCAUUUUGCCUUGCCGACAUCGCUGAUUUAAUCCCCGAGAACAUCAUCUUCACCGUUCACUUCUUCAACGCCGUGUACCUCGCUACAUGCAUGCAGAGCUCAUCGUCGUCUUUCGCCGUCGUGGUGAUCAUGAUUAUCGAUCUCGCAGAAACAGGGAUAUCCCUAAAAGGUAUCUACUACUCGUCAACGAGUAUCAUGAAGCAGCUUCACCAGACAAUCGAUGUCGCGACUGUGGGAGAUAGCCUCGUCAACGCGGCAUGCUUGCUGUGUCAAUGUCACGAGGAAUUCACAGUGGAAGAGCGUACGCAAGUACAGGUUCACUCGUUCUUCCCACACCAAUUAUCGGUAGCGGGCAGGAGAACUCUCAACAAUCUUGACAACUAUGCCCGGGGCUCCACCAAAAAUAUUGUGGCUGCCAUUCCAUCCGUUCAGCACAUCGCCAGUCUCCGAAAGACGCUCUCGAUAUUAUUCACGGUCGAGUGCAUCGUUCUCGCAGAAUACGUCGAGUGUAUCAUCCCACUGCUGUACAGCAACUACGUUGUCAUGAUGGUGCACCUCCCGAGCGCGCGAUACCACACAGAGCUGGAUGGUGUCACAGAGGUCAACGUCAGCUCGACGGUGCGAGCAGUCUUCAUCUACGGGCUGCUGGAACUUGGAUCGUUCGUGCUGUUUGCUUUCAUCGUCAAGAAAAGCUGUGGGAUACGAGCACUGUACCACCUCGCCUUUGUUCUCGAAACCCAAAUGCUGUCGAUCCAGAGCAAAAUAAUGGGCUGGAUGCUGAUCACACUAGGUUUUCGAGUUGUACAUUUCGGUACGCCCUUGAUUUGUGCUGUCGUUGAGGAACUGCAGCUCACAAUCUUAAUUUUCUGUGUAGGAAUCGACUUCACGUUCCAGUUUGAUUGGAUUCGCGCCCAAAACGCAAGCGAUGGCUAA